CGCCCCAUCGAUUUGGUUGGCUUUGGUUGGCUCUCGUGCUGGAAACACGUCAUCCAUCCGCGCCACCCGGAAGCCGCGGUUCAUACUAACAGUUAUUGCUGGUGGCCUUAAGGAGACCAUCAUGGCGACGCCCCCGAAACGGCGGGCCUUGGAUGCGGUGGGGGAGAAAGUGCUGCGGUACGAGGCCUUUAUCAGUGACGUACUACAGCGCGACUUGCAAAAGGUGCUGGACCAUCGAGACAAGGUAUAUGAGCAGCUGUCUGUGUACCUUCAACUAAGAAAUGUUAUUGAGCGAAUCCAGGAAACUAAUCAUUCGGAGUUAUAUAUGCAGGUGGAUUUGGGCUGUAACUUCUUCGUUGACACAGUGGUCCCAGAUACUUCACGCAUCUAUGUGGCCCUGGGAUAUGGUUUUUUCCUGGAACUGACACUGGCUGAAGCUCUCAAGUUCAUUGACCGAAAGAGUUCUCUCCUCACAGAGCUCAGCGACAGCCUCACCAAGGACUCCAUGAAUAUCAAGGCCCAUAUCCACAUGAUGCUAGAGGGACUUAGAGAACUACAAGGCCUGCAGAAUUUCCCAGAGCCAUCUCCCCAUUGACUGCAUCUUCCCUGCCUCCAAUAUUAAAGAGCCUGAAUGCCUUGGAAUCACAUAGCUCUUUUUUCCCCACUAAUUCUCACUAAUUGACGAAGUGCCCUAGAGACCAAAAUUACUGGAAGACCCAUCCUUUCUGUAGAACCUCUAAAACGUUCUAGAGGUCUUGCCUCCAACUUGUGUUUCCUCCGGCUUUACCUUCUUCUGUCAUCUUUUGAACCCUGACCCUGCUCCUCACAAUUCCUUUUCCUAGAUAUUUGUAUCUAUGCCCUUUGUAUUACCAUAAAGAAUGGACUGAU